AUGAACGGAUACGGAUAUAUAAUUCAAUGUCCACAAGGGCCAUCAGGCAUGCCGUAUCCAAAUCAGCCAGGAGUGUAUCCACAUUUAACAGUACCAUAUCCCGCUCAACCAACACCGUAUCCACAUAAUUUAAAUCCGUAUCUAAGUCAUCAGGCAGCUUCAUAUCCAAGUCAUCAGACGGCUCCAUAUCCAAGCUAUCAGACAACUUCCUAUCCAAGUCAUCAGACAGCUCCAUAUCCAAGUCAAACACUACAAGCUCAAUCAAGUUAUCCAGGGGCAUAUCCACAACAAGCAACCUCAUAUCCUGGUCAAGCAAUGUCACAACCACUUCAGCAAACAUCAAUCAGAUAUCAACAAGCAUAUCAACCUCAGGCAUCUUACCAAGAACAUUUUAGUGCUAGUGCAAAUCCAAUGGCACAACCACCACCAUUCAAUCCAAUGUAUACAGUACAGCCAACAGCACCACCAGCAUGUUCACAAUCAAACGGUGAAUACAAUUAUGCUCCACCAACAAAUUAUCAUACUUCUUGUCAAGCUGCUCCAUUAACAACAAACACACAAAUUGUUCUUAAAUUAACACCAACUGUUUUACAUAAUCCAAAUUUCAAUGCUUGUCAUGAUGCUGAGGUUUUACGAAAAGCAAUGAAAGGCUUUGGAACAGAUGAAGAAGCUAUUAUAUCAAUAUUGAGUAAUCGCAAUAACCAACACAGACAACAUAUUGCAAAUAGUUUUAAAGCACUAUAUGGAAAAGAUUUAAUAAAAGAUCUUAAAUCUGAGCUGAGUGGUAGAUUUGAGGAUUUGAUUGUUGCAAUGAUGACACCAAUUAUUGAUUAUUAUGUCAAAGAAAUUCAUGACAGCAUGUCGGGAAUUGGUACAGAUGAAGAUGUACUUAUCACCAUUCUUUGCACAUUGAGAAAUCAGGACAUCCAUCAAAUAUGUGCAAGAUAUAAAAACAAAUAUGGGAAAUCGUUGGAGAGUGAUAUACGUGGUGAUACAUCAGGAUACUUUGAGAGACUAUUGGUAUCAUUGUCUACUGGUCAACGUGAUGAAAGUGUACAUACUGAUUUAAAUUCUGCAAGAUUUGAUGCAACAAGACUUUACAAUGCUGGAGUUGGUCGCUUGGGAACAGAUGAGUCCGAAUUCAACUCUAUUCUUGCUCAACGAAAUGUACACCAAUUGAGAUUAAUUUUUCAUGAAUACUCUAAACUCUGUGGCCAUGAUAUAUCAACUGCAAUUGAUCGCGAAUUUUCUGGGCAUAUUAAAAAAGCCCUCCUUACGAUUGUAAAAUGUGUCAAAAAUAGUGCUUUGUAUUUUGCUGAACAAUUAAACAAGUCUAUGUCUGGAAUAGGAACAAACGACCAGAAACUAAUUUUCAUCUGUGUUACACGUUCUGAAGUUGACAUGGGAGAUAUUAAAAUAGCCUUUCAUCAAAAAUAUGGAAAAACUCUUGAAAAACGCAUAUCAGAGGAUACAUCUGGUGAUUACAAAAAAUGUCUCAUACAGCUCAUCAGCCUGAACCCUAGAAAUUAUUAA